GAAGAGGCAUCAGACCCUGUUAAUUAAAGCUCGCCCUAGUCCAUCACUCUGUGGAGCUGCAGUGCCCGGCUCCUUCCUGGAGACUUAGAGAUUCUCCUGAACUCCCAGCCAUGGAUCUUGGAGCAUUUCUCCCGAGAUCAGCAGGAGCCCUAAAAUCUCUAGUGUCUCCUCAAAAGUACAAGACCAAGCUGACUUUCGAGCUGACAUGGAGAUAUGUGUCUUUAUGAGGCUGAGUCUUCGAGGACAGUCCUUUGAUGAGCUCCCAAAUCUCUCUGAGAACAUCACCCUGGACCCCCGAUGCGGCUGCCUGAGCAACCUGGAGAGGGGAGACCUGAGAAUGAGAAAAAGGGGAAUGGAGGAGCCCCCAAAGGGGGAGAGGAGCCACUGCCGAGAAGCCAGACCCCCAACUUUCCCACCUGGCAAGUCUCCCCCCAAACCCCAGGACCUAGGUUGUUUUGCAGCCCUCAGGGAAAAGAUGCCGUUCCACCACGUGACUGCCGGCCUGUUGUACAAGGGGAAUUACCUCAACCGCUCUCUCUCUGCUGGCAGUGACAGUGAGCAGCUGGCUAACAUCUCUGUGGAGGAGCUCGAUGAAAUCCGAGAGGCCUUUCGAGUUCUGGACCGAGAUGGGAAUGGCUUCAUCUCCAAGCAGGAGCUGGGCAUGGCCAUGCGCUCCCUGGGGUACAUGCCGAGCGAGGUGGAGCUGGCCAUCAUCAUGCAGCGCCUGGACAUGGAUGGGGAUGGCCAGGUGGAUUUUGAUGAAUUCAUGACAAUUCUUGGGCCCAAACUGGUAUCUUCCGAAGGUCGUGAUGGUUUUCUUGGAAACACAAUAGACAGCAUAUUCUGGCAGUUCGACAUGCAGAGGAUAACGCUGGAAGAGCUGAAGCACAUUCUCUACCAUGCCUUCCGGGAUCAUUUAACAAUGAAGGACAUUGAGAACAUCAUCAUCAACGAGGAGGAGAGCCUGAAUGAAACCUCGGGGAACUGCCAAACAGAGUUCGAAGGAGGAAAACAGAAGGCCCCACUUCACUGUCUUCCUGCGUCAGCCUCCCCAGUCACAUUCUCCCCAAAUUCUUUCGGGGACCCAUCUGUCAAGAUCUGUGCUAGAAAGAGGGCUCCAUUCAACUCAAGACCUGAUGGGAAGAUGGACAUACCAGUGCAUUCCCAGAAGCAGAACAGACAGACCUGCGUCCGGAAGAGCCUCAUAUGCGCCUUCGCCAUGGCCUUCAUCAUAAGCGUGAUGCUGAUCGCAGCCAAUCAGAUCCUGCGGAGCGGCAUGGAGUAGCCUCCUCCUCCAGCUGGCCCGCUGUUGCCAGCUCACCGCGCAUGUGCAUGGCCCGCGGGCAGACUGUUCCUCCUCGCGCAGCCGAUCUGGACCUAGGGACUGAUGCAGACCUGGUACAGCUCAGCAAGGAACCCAAAGUUGCAGUGCAGCCGGGAUUGCGCCAUUCAAAUUCAUCUCCUUGGCAGGGACACCAAAGGGCUGUCUUCAACGCUUUAAUGGUUUUGUUUCCUAAUGCAAUAAAUAGCCAGGAGUUCCAAAUUUUUGCUUCAACCGGCAGUAGUAACUUUGAAGAAGAACUACAUUUUCACCUUGGAAUUCCAGUGGCCAUCCAGGGGUAACGGUGGUAUCAGAGAGGGUACCGAAGAGAGCGUGAACAACAUUCACCUCCAUCCACACCCCGUUCUUCAACCCAGGGGUCCAGAGACUCCCCGCUGCGGUCGACCCUCAGAUCCUAGAGGCUGCCUUCUAGGUUGCCACAGAAGAGGGAAAUAUCCAUCUCACCCUGGCUUCCUUCCUCCACCCAGUGGAGGACCCCCCCCCCCAAGGCAUGAGGGGAAAGCCAUUAAACUGGGUGCAGCCCCUGGCUGUCUGAAGCUGCACCCUAUCGCUUCCGUUCUUAUUGCCUUUUCUACAGGAUUCAUGUUGGUAGAGUCGGGGCGCUCUCAGUUGGUUCCUGUGGCACUUGGUUUUCUGUUCCUAGAGCCCAUCCCGCACCAGCAUUUUUGGGAAUCUGCAAAGAGCUUCCCUCCCUGAGCUUUGCCCCCUGUGCUGCCAUUUGAGACAAGGGAACCAUGGUCAUGGGCAUCUUAUAACACAGAGACAUAGACAAAGAGACCUGGCUUCUUCGUGCGUGACAUCUCCUUCUCUAAACGCUUACUCUGAAUAUAAGCUUGUCCUCCCUCCCACACUCAUCCCUGCUUCUUUGGGGCAGAGGGUGAGGCAGACUGGGAGAGGGGAGGAGACUGAACUAGGGGGUGAGGAGGUGUUGGCCACCCAUACCCCAGGCAUCCAGAGUCCAGGAGCCCCCACCAAUCCAUACCAGACGACCCCUGUAAGUUAAGGUCCAUGUGCAUCUCCCCUCCCCUCAUCCUGUAGAUUGCUUUGCUAGUUAGUCUUUCCCAGCUCAAAAGAGAAACUUACUCCAAAGCAGAAAGAUGGAAAGAUCAAACUACUGUCUUUUACAUAUCCUCUGGCAUUCAGAUCCUGUAACUGACUCAUAUGAAGAAGGACAAAAAAAAGAUAAGCCAACGUGACAGGUAAUUUACCUUCAGAAUACUUCUGUUGGGUAAGGGAACUGAAUCCAGUGGUCUGUUUUCAAACCAUAACCAAGUCUCUCAUUUCCUGACUUUUCCUAGAUGCCACAUCGGCCACCUGUAUUAAUUCCAGCUUGCAUAGUAAGAUUAGCCAGUAAUCUCUAGAUGUGCUAUUCCUCUUUGUACUUUUCUGAGCUCAGGUCUUUAUUUCAGUAAUGGAAUGAUCUCGCUCCCCUGUCUUUCGAUUGUAUCCUAAAGCUACACGCUUCUCCCCCAGACUUCCCCCGCUUUCUUUCAGUAUUGAGGCAACAGAAUCUUUUCUCUCCCAAAGGAGUGGGUCGGAAUUUUGGUGCAAUGUGUGACCCCCAGCCAGCCCUCAAGCCCUCCUUUUCCCUGCUUCUCCCUCACUGCUUUCUUAGACGUGGAGCACCGAGAUCUCCAUUUAGGGUCUUCUUCUAGUUCACCUCUGCAAGCCCUCCCUGCAGCACAGCAUGGGGACAGCUGCAGAAACUUUCCCACCAUGGGAAAGUGCAAAUAUUCACCAUGAGCACAAGUUAAACUAGGGUUUGAGCCAUAGUAUGGAAAGGGAGCAGAUCUAAGUUCCCAAGAGUCCAGGGGGUGAAGAGUUCCUCUAAGAGCCACCUGAAGUCUGGUGCAUGCAGGCCAGACCAAGGGAGGCAGUAGCCUGCCAGGCCAAGGGAGGGCAAGGGAGGCAAUAGCCUGCCUUUGCCCCUUGCCUGCCCUGCCCUGCCACCUUGCUCAUAACACACCUGCCCUUUCUGUCUCUCCCUUUGACUGAGUCUCCAUAGUGCCCUUAGGAUCAGAAUCUUAGUCUAGAACAGAUGCAAGACCCAUUAGAUGACUUCCUCUUUAGUUUCUUCCCAGGACAGCUUGUCCUCUCCCUGCUGGAGGUGGGGGAAGACACAGCAAACCCUGCAGGGAAAUGCUUCUCUACCUGUUGCUGACCCUUGAACCUCUAAACCACAUCCUUCUGGGGACAAGGGUGAAAGAUCGUGAGUAGACUGCGUAGACGACCAAGGACGAGUCCUUAAGGGCCCCUGCUCCCUGAGAGGGAACUGAGGCUGCCUAUCAGGGCAGAAAAUAAGUAUUUCAAAGGCUUCUUUUUUGCAAGUCCCUCUGCCUCUCACUGAAGAUGUUGACCCCAAAGGGUGCUGCCAGGGUGUGGGUAGGUUUCUCCAUCAGUGAGAUGAGCCGCUGUGCAGGGGUGGGGAUUAAGAGACAUUCUGGAAGGGCACCAACAGCCUGUUCCAUACCGAGGCACGAGUAUCCUUUCCCUUAAAAGAAGCCCUUUCCUCUUCCCCAGUGACCUGGAAAGUCAGGCCAGGAGCUGAUCCAGGAGAACACAUUCUCCUAGUGGAUAUUUCUGGGGAGCUAGGGCACAAUGGAAGCCACAGCGUUCUCUCUGAUGGCCUAGAAGUUAGCCUCCCGCCAUGGUAGCUUCACACAAGGCACCCGGUGGCUGAAAGAUACAGUGUGUGGAGACAGGCUAAGCUAGAGAGCCAUUCCAGACUUUCAGGGCUGAGCCUGUCCCUGUGACGUGUGCCUUAGCUGCUGUGCUUGGAAGAGCUGUCUUAGAUGUCACUAGAGAGUCAGGCAGCCCCAUCCCCAGCCAUGUUCACAGAUCCCAUGCUAGGGCUCUGCACAUCACCAUCCUUGUCACAGUGUCUGUGAGGCUCAGGGAAUCAAGGUUCCAGAAGGUUCUGGCCCUGCAUAACCAAGGAGGGCCACCAGGCUGCAGCUGGAGGUGACCUGCAGGAACUGGGAGAGAGACAUCCAACCUUCACUGUCCUGCCAGUGACCAGACUGGAUUCAGUGACCAGGGCUGGCAGCCAUCAGGUGGCCGAGGGAUUGGCAAAGCAAGCUCACCUUGUUCUUGUUGUAAGAGCAGGUGUUCCCCUCCCCCUUCUCGCAGACCACACCAGUGAUGAUCAAGAAGAUGUUUAAUGUUUGAGAAAAAGAGAAGCAGACCCUAGUUCUCUUAAACAUUACAAAAAAAAAUCUAGUUCCUACCAGUCCAGGUGCAGGCAGAGCCCCCAUACAAGACCCAACAUCCAAAGUCUUAGCAGUGGCUUCCAGAACAUGCGUGGGUCCCACGUGACCCAUCUGUAAGAAGGAGGAAAAAAGAAGAUCACCAUGGCAACCAUUGCAUUCCACCCUGAGUUUGCCAAGGCACACAAAAAUAGGGAACAUUUUCUUAAAGAACACUUGGGCUCUGCCUGAUUGUCACCUGACUUCCUGCAUCCAUAUCCUGCUGGGAGGGGAAAUCAUCCUGUGAGAUUCUGGGUGGCUUCUCUGCCUUUUCCUCAUGUGUUGGAACUUGUCCUUCAAUUUACCCAGGAGAAAAAGCUACCUGUAAGCCUGGUAGCACCCUCCCCACUCCUACCCUCCACCCAACCUCCCAGAUCAAGAAUCCCCAAAUCUAAGCAAAAAGGCCAAAAAAAAAAUCAUCUGUAAGGCCAAAAAUAUUUUAAGCCUCCAAUCUUUAAAAGCAUCUGUUUGCUGGUUGAGAAGCCAGAAAUGUGAACUUAAGUGAACUGAGGUUUCCUUGUGGUCUUAGGCAAGCAUGGUGGUAGCCAAAGUUUCUCUCUGGGUGUUUUAUUUGCAGAGAGCAAGAUGUGCACUUGGAGGCUUCUGGCUCCAUACCUGCUCCUGUCUCAGAUUUCACAUGACAAAUGGCCCACUUUCUUGUGAUUAUCCAAAGAUGGGCAGCUCGUUUUGACAAGAACUCUCCACCCCAUCUCCCAGCUGCUUAAUGAUAAAGUGAUAGACCUAAGUGUUGGAUCUAAGAUACAUGUACUAGGCUUAAGUCCAGACUCAGGUCAUAAAUCAAAGAGAGUUUUGCACAAUGUUCUUAACUGGAAGCUAGUAGCUCUGGGGAAGGGACAAUAGAAGGGCAUGGCCAGAAGAAGGGUAUGGCCUCCCUGGGUUGGGCUGGGCUGGCCUCAGCAGCUGCAUCCCCUGGAGUCCUUUUCUGCUGUGUCCUUUGUCACUAUUCUUGAAGAAGCUGCUGAGCUUGGCUCCUCCCUGGAUGCCUCAAACCAUAUUGGGUCAUUUUACUGCACUGACUGUUUCUCCCAAGAACCACAGUAGUUAUAUUAUUUUACUUUGCAAGGCAUGGUCCAUUUUUAUAUAAUGUUAUGAUGAUGCAGACAAACUGAGACUAAGCUUUGAGACUUUGGCACAUGCUGGUCCUAUUGCUAGGAGGACUGCAGAAAGGUAUACUCUGGAGAACAUCUGUCUGAAACGACCUUUCUCAUUGGCCUCUUCAGUGAUGUCCAUGAGGCUGAGAAUCUGAACUCUAAAGGCCUUGCUGUAGCCAUCCUCCCUCACAGCUGGCUGCCCAGCUCCCACAAAGGGAAAGAUCCAUCAGAAAUAGACAACAGGCAUUAUUCAGCAGCAAAGUUUUCAAUUUGAAUUAUUUAUAGUGAUGGCAAAAUAGAGGGGGAUUUGGGCUGUCUCUUACGGACCCUGUCUCCAUGAUAAUUUAAGUGUCAGAACUGUUCAGCUUCAUUUUGUACUUGCUUUGACUUAGUCACUCAGGGGACUGUCCUCGGUGAUGUGGCCUUGCCAGAGACAGUUGGUUUGGAGGAAUAAGGUCAAGUGUACCAACUAGCUAAGUAUUUCUCUUAGUAUCCUAUGCUCAUUACAGAUGUGCAUUUUACCAGUGAUGAUUAUACUUAAUAUUGGUUUGGGAUCCACUUCAUAUGGCCUCAAGGGAUAUGAAGAUAAUGCUCAAAGUUUUCAAGACAAAAUUAAUUUGGUUCAGUUGUCUUGAAAGGUGCCAGCAAGAAUGAGCUUUUUCCAGUCCCUCAGAGACAUUUCUCUAUACCUGAGCAAAGCUUAUCCAGCCUGUUUCUGCAACCCCUACCUAGAGUAGAGUCUCAUUCACCUCUGGUGAGAUGACUUGGCUCUCAAAUCAGUGCUUCUCACACUGUCAGUAGUUAUUGUCCAAGUAGAAAAGAGGCAGUGGCUGGAAAUUUCCAGUGGGAUAGCAGAGCAGGCUAAUUAGGAAGGAAUAUUCCAGGGAAUGCAAAAUUCAACUGUGAUGUUCCUCCAUCCCUGGACCUGAGAGAGCAAAAGAAAGUUUUAAGAAGUUGCAGUUGCUGGCCUUGGAAUAUCUGCCCUGUGUAUCUGGCCUGCUUUGGAAGCAUACAGGGGAUAGAGUGCCACAGGGCUGCCCAUCAACCUGCUGCCAAUGACAUGCUCUGUGAAUUUCAAGAGGAAGCUCAUGGCUUCUCUUUCCUGGGAAGAUGAUGAUACCUGCCAAGACCAGAAAGGCUUUUCCAGGUCUCUGAGAUCUGCUGAACGUUGGCCAGGAAAGCCGAGCAGAGAAACUGAAUAGUAGUGCUGUCACUUAGGGAGGACCCAGGCACCAGGACCCUCCAGCAAAUGCUAGGCUAUGUCAAGUGGCUUCUCUCUGUGGCCUCAGAUUUCCCAUCUCUGGAGCCUGAGGAAAGGUAAACUAGAGGCGCUCUCCCAUUGUGACAUUCGGCUUGGUACAAAAGUCAGAGCAAGUGUCCACUGUUCAGACAGCCUUGAGGUCCCCCAUGAAUUGCAAUCCGGGCUGGCACCUUCUUUUUUAAUACAAGUCUCAAGAGGGCAGCAGCUGUGAUAAAGGAUCCCUUUUGGUGUCCAUUGUCUGUAUACAAAACACCCACUGGUUUAUGUCAAACAUGUCAUGUCACGCAGGCGAGAGGUUUUGCUUAUUCCCCGAGGACUUGCUGAUUUGAGGCAGCACCAAAAAUGGGCUUUGUGUCCUUGUCUUAGCCACCACAGGCCACAUGAAUCCGAAUUCAUGAGUAAGUAGAGGGAAACAAAGCCAGUUUCCAAGAAAAGAGGCUUGGUUUCUCCAUCUGGGGAUGCCUGACUGGAAGCUACUGAAUAAAGAGCACAAUUUCCAGUCAUCUCUUUCCUUUUUUUUUUUUUUUUUUUUUUUUUCUGGUCACCAGAACAGCAGUUCCAGUAGAUGUGAUAGAGGUUUGUAAUUAUGUGUAGCACUGGAGAAGGAAGAAAUUCGUGACCUCUGGUGAUUGUCAGGAAUUAGACUAACAGCUGCUGUGCUGGUCCUCUGGGGGCUAAGUGGCUCUAAGCACAGGUGCCUGCUUUAGUUGGGACCCGACUAUGGACAGAGAGCAGGAAUGGAGCAGCUGCAUGACCACAAGAUGGCGUCUCCGGCCCCUCUGCCCCAUGUCAAUAGCAAACCCUAAGUCCCUCUUCCUAAAGUAGGCCAAGGUCCCAGUCGUUUAUACAGCAAGUCUUGCUAUUCUUCCCUGGAAAGACAAGAUGGACCCAGGAAAGGACCCUCCUAGUUCCCAGUGGAAAUUCACACAAGUCCUCUCUCUCGACUUUCCCCAGGGAAAAUUGAAGAAUACUCUUUCUUCUAUGAAUAUAAGAUUUUAGGGGUCCUUGAGUGGCUUCUUGGUGGGAGUUGAUUUUCUUUCCCAAUUCUGAAUUUAGGAAGAAGCUGUCUCUCCAAGGACUAACCAAAGAGAGUGACUGGUCAGAAGUCUGGUCAGUGGGGGUUGGCAAGCUGUCCUCUCUCAGGGGAGUGGGGAGGGAAAGUCACUGUGAACACAGAGGUUAUUGGACUGGCGACAUGAGUGGUUUCUCAAAGCACAGUAGUAAACAACUGGAAUCCUAACCACCAACAUGUGGUGUAAAUAGAAGCACAGAUGAGGACUACCUACGAUGACCAGGAUGUCGGAGCUUGGUGGCUCUGAUAUCCAGAAUGGGCCACGAAGACUGAAAUCACGGAUCACAAUCUUCCCAUUUACCUCAUUCACGUUCUUUUUUUUUAUUAUUUUAAUUCAGUAUUCAUUGAUGAUUUCUGCUAUUAAGUGAUGAGAGUCAGCAGAUUGAUAAGUCAAAAAGAAAUCUUUAUAUAAAAUGUAAAUAUUAAUAUAAAUGAACUUGGCAUGCGACUUACGGAUCAAAUGAAGUAUAUAUUAUUAAUAUGUUAUCUUAGUGUAUAAAGGAACACUGACUGCCAUAUUUACCAGAUGUUUUCUCUAACCAAACUUGUCUGUAAAUAUAUAAUCUGUAUAAAAAAAGAGUCUAAUUUACCAUUAUUUAUGCAAUAGAAAAAAAAUAAAAGUUUUUUCUUUUCUUUUGA